AUGGCUAAAACAAGAUGGGUAGCAGAGACUCUAUCAAAGGACGGUAAGCAUUCUAUUUCAGGUGAAGAUCCUUUAAAUGCCUUGAAGUUGGUACCUCUUCAAGGAAGUCUGCCUAUCCCUGAGAGGGGUAACAUACCAAUGUCUGACUCGCUGUCGUGCGUUUGUACACCAGCGAGUGUACCUUCACCAGUGUGUGAAGCAGGGCAGGCGCCACUAACUGACUCGCCGCGAUGCGUUUGUACACCAGCGAGUGUACCAUCACUGUCAGAAGUGGGUGAUGCAGAAAUGGGUGAGAACAGAACAGAGAAGACACAUGAUGAUAAAAGCCAGGAAAUGUACCCCCAUACAAGGAAUAUUCAACUAGAGGCUGGAGUAGAAAAAAGAAAGGAAAGGAAAACAGGUGAGGGUAUUGACACUGGAAUGUUUUUAUCUGUGCAAGGACACUUUCAUCAAGGCUGUUCUGAUCUUUUUGGAUUUUCAAGUGGUAAACAAUGUGUAGCUAAUGCCUUAUCAAGCAUAAUUUUUUCCAAGGUAAAAAUUCAAAAUGUUUGGUCAUCAUCAGACAUUGAUAGGAUUUUGACAACUGGGAAUGAACUGUAUGGUUAUCUGCAAGCAAGUUCAACUGUGCAGAAUGAAUAUUUAUUAAUAAAUGAACUACCAAGUGAGAUAGAAGUUUAUGACAAGUGCUUCUCUAUGCAGAUCUUUGAAUCACAUGUUGGUUUGAUUGGAAAUGAUAAACAGUCAGAAAUUGAUGGUGAAACAUAUGGCAUUUCAAUUCUAGAAGCAUUGCAGAAGUCUUUUGAAGUGGCAGAAUGUUCCUUUGUUUGCUUUGGAGGAAACACCUUUUCUGUCAUGAAAGUUGGAAAACGAUACUUUCUUUUUGAUUCCCAUGCACGAGAUCAUAAAGGUUUACUUGAUGCCAAUGGAAAAAGUACAUUGAUUGGAAUAGAGACAUUGGAGGGUGUGGCACAACAUUGUUUGAAUUUGGCAUUAUCUCUCUCUGUUGACCAGAACUCUCAGUUUGAAAUAACUCCAGUAAAUAUUACUGAAUCAGGUACAGAUGCCCUACAAGUAAUGGGGGAAAUUUCGUCUGAUGGAACAGCAGAACAUAUAAAAAAUGACAGUCUUCUUGACAGGUAUUUUGAUGAUCAAGAAUGUAGACAGAAAGGCAUGAUCAAAAAGAAAGAGGAAGGAAAGAUCAAUACUUCUAGAAAAGAGUACAUAAAAAAUUACAUGAAAAACUGGAGGAAUAAAGAACAUGCUAGAAAUAUUGAGAAAGUAAGAGACAAAGUAGCAAAGCAAGAGAGAAGAUUAGAAACCGAAAAAAGAAACAUAGAGAGAGAGAGAGACAAAGUGGCAAGACAAGAAAAAAGGUUAGACAAUGAAAGAAGAAAAAUUGAGAGAGGAAGAGAAAGAAGAGCAAGGCAAGUAAAACGAUUAGACAAAGAUGCUAGAAACAUUGAGAAAGAAAGGGACAAAACAGCAAGGCAAGUAAAACGAUUAGAUAAGAAGAUUAGAAACAUUGAAAAAGAAAAGGACAAAACAGCUAAACAAACAAAACGAUUAGAUGAAGAGACAAGAAACUUUGAAAAGGAAAGGGACAAAACAGCAAGACAAGCAAAACGAUUAGACAAGGAGAUUAGAAACAUUGAGAAAGAAAGGGACAAAACAGCAAGACAAGCAAAACGAUUAGACAAGGAGAUUAGAAACAUUGAGAAAGAAAGGGACAAAACAGGAAGACAAGCAAAACGAUUAGAUGAAGAGACAAGAAACAUUGAGAAAGAAAGGGACAAAACAUCAAGGCAAGCAAAACGAUUAGAUGAAGAGACAAGAAACAUUGAAAAGGAAAGGGACAAAACAGCAAGACAAGCAAAACGGUUAGAUGAAGAGACAAGAAACAUUGAGAAAGAUAAGGACAAAACAGCAAGGCAAGCGAAACGAUUAGACAAAGAGAUUAGAAAUGUUGAGAAAGAAAGGGACAAAGCAGCAAAGCAAAGAAAGAGGAAUAACCCAAUAUUUAGACUUUCUGAGAAAGAAAAAGGGAGAAUUGCUAAGCAAAAAGAAAGGAAGAAUAUAGAUGUAAUGAAGAAUGAACGUGACAGAGAUGUUAAAAGAAAACGAAAGAGUAGGGAAGAUUCUACAUUUCUUGAAUUGGAACGCAUUAGAAAAUCUGUGAAAAGAAAUAAUGUGGAUUAUCGUGUGAAAGAAAAAUUCAGAGAAAAGAGUGCUAAAGCCCAUAAAAGGAAAGAUCCACAUUUCUGUAGGAUAGAAAAGAUUGCCAGAAAAUGCAGAAAGUAUGGUUCAACACUGUCAGAAGCAAUAUCAGUGUUUAACAAAAGAACAGAAGAAGGGCCAUUAUAUGUAUGCACUUGCUGUCAGCAGACUUGGUUUUCUCAUUCAGUUGUUGAUAGCAGCUUUCUUAAAAAAGAUUUACCACCUGAAGAUGUUGCAAAAUUCCUCAGCAAAUAUAUAUCAGUUGGUGGAAAAGAAUGGAUAUGCUUAACAUGUAAGAAAUCAAUACAAGAUAGGAAAAUGCCAAAGUUGUCAAUAGCAAACAAUGUACAGUUUCCUCCCAAAUCAGAAGAACUUGAACUUCAUCAGUUAGAAGAACGCCUCAUAGCUUUACGGAUUCCAUUUAUGCAAAUAAGGGAGUUGCCUAGAGGUAGACAAUUAUCUAUCAAAGGAAAUGUUGUUAAUGUUCCAGUAGAUAUCCAACCAACUGUAAAUUCUUUACCAAGACAGUUUAACAAUGACAUUACAGUUCCAGUCCGCUUAAAGAGGAGACUAAGUUACAAAACUUGUGAUUUUGUGGAAAAUGUGAGACCACAGCAUGUAAUCAUUGCAUUACACUGGUUGAUGAGAAAUAGCCAAAUGUACAAAGAUGCAAAUAUUCAUAUAGAUGAGGACUGGGAAGCCAGAAUAACUGCUGAUAGCAGUGAAAUCAUUUCAGAAUAUUUCAACACAAGUACAUCUGGGUGUACUGAAGGAAGGAAUACAAACUUUGGUGUUACAUCAGAUGUGUUAGAAGAAAGUACUUUUGAAGAAAUUGAUGAAAGAGAAGGACACUCUGGCAGCUGUGACACAUUACUGGAUGAUGCAAAUCCUGUUCAAGAUCAGGUAUAUACAUUUGCUCCAGGAGAAGGACAGACACCAUUGAGUUUGUACACAGAUAAGGAUGCAGAAUUCUUGUCUUUUCCAACCAUUUACUGUGGUCAGAGGAUGGCUUCAAAUGAUGAUCGUGAAGUUAAAGUUCAUUACAGUGAUCUUGUGAAAUGGGAACUAAGAAACAUUGACAGACGUGCAGCAAAUAGUGUGCCAAAUUUAUUUUUCAAAAUGAAGAAAAUUCAAAUGAAGCAGAUAUCGGACAAAGUCAAUCUUGUAUUGAGAAGAUGCAAGGGCACAGAGAAGAAAUUAACAGCUGGUGAUGUUCUCAAUCAGGAAGUACUUGACAAGAUAACAAGAUUAGAUGAAGGAUAUUACAUUUUUAGAACUUUGAGAAACAGUCCUCCCUAUCUAGAGGCAAAAAAGAAGGAGUUGUUUGCCAUGAUUAGACAACUGGGAUUACCAACUUGGUUUUCAUCUUUAUCAGCAGCAGAUACAAGAUGGCCUGAGUUGCUCAAAACUCUUGCUCAACUUAAUCUCAAGAAAUCACUUACUGAUGAGGAAAUAGACAAAAUGACAUGGGCUGAAAAAACUGACCUGGUGCAAAAAGAUCCGGUGACAUGUGUUCGUUUUUUUGAUCAUAGAGUACAUGUGUUUAUCAAUACAGUUUUGAAGAGUGAGCAUCAUCCUGUUGGGGAACUGAUAGACUUUUUUUAUCGUGUUGAAUUUCAACACAGAGGAUCACCUCACAUUCAUAUGCUCAUGUGGAUAAAAGAUGCUCCAAAAUUUAAGGAAGAUCCAGUUACUCACAUUGCAAAAUUCAUAGAUAAGUAUGUAUCUUGCUCUGCAAAUUGUGAUGAUGAAAUUGCACCACUUAUAGAAUUACAAAUUCACAAACAUUCCAGAACUUGCAGGAAAAAAGGAAAAGACAUUUGUCGAUUUGGAUUUCCUCAGCCUCCUAUGGAUUCAACUUUGAUCUUGGAACCUUUAUCAGCAGAUGACUCAGAUGCAAUGACGUACAAAGAAAUUUUUACGAAGGUGAAGAAAGAAUUAGCAGAUAUGAAAGAAGGGAAAAAAAUUUCUUUCAGUGAAUUUUUACAAUCACUGAACCUGGAGAAAGAAGAUUACAUAAAGUCAGUUAGAAGUUCCAUUGAUAGACCACAGCUUUUUCUGAAGAGAAACCCUUGUGAAAUAAGAGUGAAUCCUUACAUGAAAAAUGUUUUGUCAGCAUGGCGAGCUAAUCAUGAUUUGCAGUUUGUCCUAGACCCAUAUGCAUGUGCCAUGUACAUUGUGUCCUACAUUAGCAAGUCUCAACGUGGUAUGAGUAAUCUGCUUGAUCAAGCAUGUAAGGAAGCAAGGGAAGGAAAUAUGGAUUUGAAAAAACAGGUUCGACACAUGGGAAACAAGUUCUUGAAUGCAGUUGAAAUCAGUGCACAAGAAGCUGCAUACUUAAAUUUACAAUUACCUUUGACAAAAAGUUCAAGAGAUGUUGUGUUCAUAAAUACUUCACCUCCAGAAGAAAGAACCUUCUUGUUAAAAAGUAAAUCUGCUUUAGAAGAAUUGCCAGAGAAUUCCACAGACAUUCAUGCAAGCAGUAUAAUCAAGCGUUAUUCACAGAGACCAAGGCAGCUUGAAAACUGGUGUUUAGCAGAUUAUGCCGCUGAACUAGAAAUUAUAUACCCAAAAGAAUUUAAAGAAAAUGAGGAGUUCCAAGAGCAAAAUGAUGAUACUGAAGAUGAACAAGAAUUGAAAGACUUGGAAGAUGAAGAAAUGGAUUCAGAAUUGAUUAGAAUUGUUAUGAAAAAUGGCAUCAUUAUUAGACAAAGGAAGAAGGCAAAAUGCAUCCGUUAUGUCAACUACUCCAUCAAAAUUGAUUCUGAAAAUCAUUUUAGAGAAAGAAUUUUACUCUUCCAUCCAUGGAGAAAGGAACAAAUUGACAUUAAAGGAAACUCAACUUAUGAAGAAAAAUACAAUCAACUGAAGAGUUUUAUAGCUGCUAAAGUUAAGAAGUACGAACGCAAUGCAGAGGAGCUGGAAAAGGCACAGAGACAAGCUGAAGAGGUUGAUGUACAAUUUGAUAGAGUAGCACCUAGCACAGAACAAACUGAAGAAGAGGACUUGGAUGAAGGGAGUAGGGAAAGUGAAGCAUUUGUGUAUUUUGACCCUAAGCGUCCAUUAAAUCACCAGACCUAUGACAUAGGAAUGGAUCUUGGAUUACCAUGUAGUUCUAACAAUGAUGAUCAAACUCAUCAGUACAAGAUGACCAAUGAGCAGUAUUUCCAGUUAGUUAGCAAGUUAAACAAAAAGCAAAUGGAGUUUUUUACUCAUGUGCUUCAUUGGAUUAAAACUAAAAAAGAACCACUUAGAGUUUUCCUAACUGGUGGUGCAGGAGUUGGAAAGUCUGUUGUUGUAAGAGCUUUGUAUGAGGCACUCACAAGACACUAUUGCUCUACUGAAGGUGAAAAUCCAGAUGACUGUAAAGUUUUACUUUGUGCUCCAACAGGAAAAGCCGCAUUCAAUAUAAAGGGACAGACGAUACAUUCAGCAUUCAAAAUUCCUGCAAGUCAAGGAUUUAACUGCAAGCCACUUGAUAGUGAAUCCUUGAACACCCUUAGAACAAUGUACAAAUAUUUGUCAACGGUCAUCAUUGACGAGGUUUCAAUGGUUGGAAAUUCACAGUUGAAUUGUGUGCACGAGCGUUUAAAGCAGAUUAAAGGCAGUAAAGAAUACUUUGGAGGUAUCAAUGUCAUUUUAAUUGGGGAUCUUUUCCAGUUAAAGCCAGUCAUGGAUGGAUGGGUUUUUGAUGACUUGAAGAAAAACUUUGGACCAUUGGCAACUAACCUAUGGCGGGACUUGUUCACAAUGCAUGAACUUACGGAAAUAAUGAGACAGAAAGAUGAUGUUCAUUUUGCUGAGUUACUUAACCGUUUAAGAGAAGGAAAUCAAACUGAAGCUGAUAUACAGACAUUGAAGCAGCGCUGCGUAGAUGAGUCACAACCAGUAUAUCCCAGAGAUGCUCCACGAUUGUAUACAAGAAAUGAAAGUGUGAAUGCCUACAACAACCAAGUGUUUCUGCUAGCUGAUGGUGAAAAGGUUAAUAUACCAGCUCAUGAUUCUGUAGUGGGUAGGGAAAAUUUAUUACAGCACUUGAAUUUGCCAGAUGACUCCUCUAAAACAGCUGGAUUGGCCAAAAAUGUUCCCAUAGCACUUCGUCUGCAAUAUGAAAUCACUGCUAACUUAUGUGUGGAGGAUGGGCUGACAAAUGGUACAUCAUGUAAGGUGGAGUACAUAGAGAGGAGACAAGAAAGCACUGAAAGACCAAGUAUAAUUUGGGUUUCUUUUGAUGACAGAAAUACUGGAAAAUUAUGGAGAUAUCAGUAUAGACAUCUGUUUGGGCCUGAAGUAGAUAAGUCUUGGACACCAAUAUUUGACGUGAGAAGAAGCUUUCAGUACCUGCGACACACUGUUGUACGUAUACAAUUUCCAUUGCGACUUUCUGCAGCCAAGACUAUACACAAAUCUCAGGGGGACACAAUGGUUCAAGCUGUAAUUAAUCUUGAUAUGAAUCCAAAAUUUACAUUGCCACACAUUCACUAUGUUGCACUAAGUAGGGUAACAAAGAUUACAGGACUUCAUAUUUUGAGUUUAAAUGAAAACAAAAUUUGUGCGUCUGAGAAGGUGAAAAAAGAAAUGUGUAGACUACGCACAGAAGCAACUUUACAGUUAUGUUUCAAGCCAAUAGAUUCGACAAACAACCAGACCAUAAACAUUGCGUUUCAGAAUGUGAGAUCACUGCAUGCCCAUUUUGCCAGUUUCAAGACUGAGCCAAAUCUUCAACAGUGUCAUAUCAUAGGAGUGGCGGAAACUUGGUUGACAGCAUCAGAUGAAAAUGAAGACUAUGAAUUGGAGAAUUACAACAUGUUCAGGUUGGAUUUUGCAUUGAAUCGGCAAUGUGGCAGACCCCAUAGAGGAAUUAUUACAUACAUAAGAAAUGACUGUCAAAUCAAUAAUCAUGUUAGCCACUCAGACAAAGACAUAGAAUGGCAGUACAGUGAAAUAAAGUUCAAAAAUGAGAGUUAUCAAGUUGUUGUGCUGUAUAGAAGUCCAAGUUCUACUGUUGAAAGAGCAAAAAACAACUUUAUCAACAAAUUGUCUAAAGUAGUAAAGAAUCAUCAGAAUAUAAUCAUUAUUGGGGAUUUCAAUAUAGAUCUAUGUAAUGGAGGCUCUUCAGUGGCAACAUACAUGUCUGAAGCUUUCAGUUGUAAACAAAUUGUGUCGAAGACAACCCAUUCUUCUGGAUCAUUGAUAGACCAUAUUUACACAAACAUGACAUGUAAUAGUAUCACUGAUGUCAUUGAAAGUGUUUAUUCUGACCACAAAAUAAUAUAUACAUCUUUAGCUAGAGAUUUUUGA